AAGACACAAACCAUUUCACACAUCGGUGGCUCCAAACCCAACUUCAGAAGAAGGGCUGAAAUGGUGAAUGUUUUUGCUUCAUUUUGGAUUACUUGAGUGAAACUAGAAUCUGUUCCUAGUUAGUUAAGUUAUUGUGGCUUUGAUUUUUCUAUUUAUAGAUGGCUAAUAGCGGACAAAAUCCUGGACGAGGUCAACUUUAUCUUGCUACUCAUAGGAAUGAAGAUGGAUCAUAUGUUAAUGAGGCAGCAAAAGAGAUAUGUGAAAAAAUUGAGCAAGCCAUGACUCAAAGCACCACAGAUGAGUCCGAGAUUUCGCCAAAUGAUGCCGUCAGAAAAGUACUAGGAAAAGAGCAUUCUGGACGGGUAAGGUGCUUGGGAUUAGGAGUCGUCCCAAGUAGAGCUUUUAAACAAACAAGACCCCGUUAUAGUGAUUUGAAUGCUUCAAGUUACAAUAAUGGUUCAUGUUCUUCUCAAUGGCAAGAGAAGUACAAUCAGAUGUUGAGUGCUCACAACAAAAGCCAAGACAGCCUCAAUUUUCUGAUGAAUGCUCACACUGAAAUGAUGAGCGCUUUCAAGAUGUAUAUGAUAAGGAAAGAAGGGAGAAUACCUGAAGAAUUUGCUGGGAUCUUUGUUUCUACUACUCCUCCUUCAACGCCAAGUGAUGCAGCUAGUGGACACGCUUCACCCACGGACGUAAGAAGAUCAUUUAGUGGUAGUAAUCGUAAUGGCAACCAAUGAAGUUCCGUGCAAUUGUAUUAGACAAUUAAGUAUGGUAGUUGAUUGAAUGGACGUAGCAGAUCCUUUAUGAUUAGUGGUAUGAGUGGAUGUGUUUAAUGUUAGUUUUUGAGACUAAUGAGGAUACUGAUGUUGGAGUGAAUGUGUUUAAUAUUAGGUUUGAGACUAAUGAUAAUACUUGCUUUAUGUUAAUGUCAA